AUGGCCGCCUCGAGCCCCCUGUUUCCCGCAUCGCUCAUUUCUGCCGAGAUCGUGUCCUGGCUCCCAGCCGGCUUCUCCAUCCGGCCCUUGGAAAAGAGCGACUUUGGAAAGGGCUUCGUGCAAUGUCUCGGCGGCCUGACCUGGAUGGGCGACGUCACCGUCGAGCAGCUCGAGGCGCGCUACGACGACAUGGACACGCAGGGAAAGGGGCCCUACUACUACGCCGUGAUUGAGCAUCAGGGGCGUAUCGUGGGCACGGGGGCCGUCAUUGUCGAGAAGAAGUUCAUCCAAAACUGCGCCCUCGUCGGCCACGUCGAGGAGAUUUGCGUCUCGGAGCAGCACCGAGGCAAGGGCCUGGGGCUGGCGAUGCUCCGCGCCCUCGACUCCGUGGCCGCCAAGGUCGGCUGCAGCAAGAGCAUUCUCAAUUGCAGCCCGAACAAGGAGGCCUUUUACGUCAAGUGUGGAUACGGCAGCUCCGGCAUGGAGAUGCAGCACAGGUUUGGCGACGCCGAGACUGGACCGGCGCCGGGGUCAUGA